AUGGACCGUUACAUUGCGGUCCUUGAGCAGCAGCUGAAGGCCUUCACCUACAGCGCCAGGGGGGGGUUGGCGGCAAUCUACUUCGCGCCUGCUGCCGCCCAAAUCCUCCUCGCCGUCGACCACCUCCACAAGCAAGAAAUCUGCCACAAGUACACAGAAUGACUGAUGCGAUGAAGACGUGUUUGCGCAUAGUUAUGGUCUGUCUGUUGUCUCUGUUCGGUGUCCUGUAUGUCAGCGACAUCAAGCCGCUGAACUUCUUUAUUGGAGACGACGAGCGGCUUGUGUUGGCGGAUUUCGGGUGUGCUAUGGAGGCCGGCGACUGUUUCUUUAGGGGUCUGAGGGGAGGGUAAGCCGUGUCCACUUGAUGGAUUUAUCUUUCUGUUCAUAUGUGUCCUUUUGUGCCUUCUGCAGGGGUGGGACACUGGCAUAUUCGGCCCCUGAGAGCCUGCGGCCAGUCUACAAUUACGGCCUACAGGCCGACAUGUGGAGCGUCGGUUAGCCCACUCACUCAGACACAAACAAACGCUCGGCCGUUUGUAUACCUGUGAUUGUCUUGUCUGAAUGCAGGGGCGACAUUACUCCAGAUGGCAACCAAGCGGCUGCCCUUUUCUGGUCAGUGAGAUGCGCAGAGCGCCUCUCACUUGGAUAUUUGUCAUGCGCCUGCUUGUGUGGUGGUUGUCAUUUCGUGCAGGGGCAAACGAGGAGGAGCUCAAGGAGAACGUCUCGAGCUUCAACCUGGACUGGUGGGCCAUGAGAGUGCUGGAGUCGAUGUGUGCGCCGGAGCUUCAGGACUUGAUCACGAAACUACUCGUCAAGGGUAAGUGCAUAAGACCGAACUCACUUUGUGUGUCUCCAUCUCUUUCUUGCUGUAUGUCUGUCUUUCUUGGCUCUGUGGACCUCUUUUGUCUGCACAUGCAGAGCCCGAGCAGCGGCUGACGGCGGCACAAGCCCUCCAGCACCCGUUCGUCGCCGACGUCCUCAGGGCCAUCCCCUGGGCCCACCAACGUCCGGACAAGCCUUCUCAACGGGUGACUGAGAGAAUUGAUUGAUGCGGGUCUCUGUCUGCAUUGAACGAUCUGCUGUCUGUUUGUUUGUAUGUUUAUCUGCCUUAAGCCAAAGGAGAGGGGGGAGUGGGUCAAGUACCCCGGCAAGGCCGCCAUCCCGCCCCUCGACGACCUGCGAAGACGGGAGCAGAGCACCUGGCGGCGGAACUGGGCGGGCGGCAGCAUCAGAGAUGCAGCCCCUCGGGUCGACACCGGCCUCCACGACAGACAGCCCCCUCGCCGCAAGACCGCCCCACGAGCCGCCUCUUAUUUGCGGAAGCGGGAGUUGAUCAGAAGAGGUCAUGGUGGGUUGAGACAUGUACACACACGGGUGCACAACAAUUCGCAUGUCUCCAUGUGUUCCAUGUGUGUGUCAGAUGGCUGCCUACAUUUUAUAUUCCAAGGCUCUUACCUUCUCGUCUCAACGUAGGCACCAAGGCAGCCAGCGGAAGAUGGCCUCACUUGCGCAAGAUGUGCGCCAUCCCCACGCACAUCAACGGCACCGACGUCUCUGAGGCCGCCAGCUGCUGCCGCAUUCCUGUGAUACGGAAGCAGGUCAAGGAGGACAAGAGGUGGCGGCUCUAGGACCGGUACGAGAUGGUCGUGCACAACAUCAUGACACACCUGGCCAUCUCACGCCUGGCGCAGCCACCCUCCCCACCUGACCCGCUCACCACCACGGCCGCCGAGCAGCAGCAGCAGCACGCCCACGCCGGCGUCAUGGACGACAACACCGCCGGGUUCUUCAGGGAGCUGGCGGCGAUCAUGGUGCGGCCCGGCGGCCACGGGCAACCCGUUCUUCGCCACACCUACAGUCUGUAACAUUUCGGAGGUAAGCACACGAGCGAUACCGGCAGAGACGCUAAAAUGUGAUGGCCUGUGUGUAUCAGGUGCCCAACGACGCCUCAACUGGGGAAGGGGGACGAUCCGCUGGGAUUCGUGAAAUCCGAAGAGAUUGCUGCCUACAUUUUAUAUUUGUCGGAUGGCUUUGCUUCAAACGCCCCGCUUCACAUCGUUUCUCAUCCCAUCAAUGUGAGCACAAUCAGAGAGAGUGGCAGCCUCAAGAGUCAGGGGGCGGCAUGCUGUCGUCUGUAGACACAGGACCUCCAAGACAGAAGCAGAAUCUCCCAGGUCAGCUGUGGGACGCGCUAUCCACAGCCGUCUUCCGUGUAUGUGUGUAUGUGUCUCCCUUUCUGUCCGUCCGUGUAUGUCUUCAGCCGAUGAUGCGGCACAGGCCUAGUUCCUCUUCACACGCCAUUUCUCGCCUGCGGGAAUGGGCAGCGGCUGGGAAACGACGACACGACCACGGCCAUCGAGGUGUGCGAGGCCGACGAAGUCCUGCCGCCCGACCAUGCGGUGAUAAUGCCCCUGUUCCCCCCCGACCCCCCCACCAGCAACUCGGUGCUGCCGCUGCUCGAUCAGCGCAAGCCGCUGCUGAUGCAGCAGCACAACCUCCACACCGAGGAGGAGUGGGCGGCGUGGCGGGCCGAGAAGGCCAACAAGUCGGGGCUGUACUUCGGCGACACGGGGGACGUGUGCAGGGCGCUGCAGGUAGUGGGGGUGGAGGGAGUGGAGCAAAAGGUGGCGCGAGUGGUGAUGAUUAAGGACAUGUUUGACAAGUUCAUGAUGAUGCGUGAGGUGAGUCACGCACAUUCAUGAGAGGGGAGAUGACAGACUGAGGGAGAUGCGCUCAUCUGUCUUGUCUCUGCGUCGGUGUGUGUGCAGACGAGGGUGCCGGUGGUGGAUAGCGAGUAUCGCAGCGCCCUCUCCAGCGCCACAGCCGAGGAGGACAUCCUGGCGGCCGGGAUGGAGCGGGCCAGGGGCGACAGCAGCGGUGCAACAUUCUUGUGUGGGGACCUCACGCCAUCCAACGCCCUGGUCGCCAUCAGCAGAUACGAGCUGCAGCUCAAGGCCGGGGGCACGGGUCGCUUCGUGCUACCGAGUGUGGUUUUCAUCGACCCCAGCGGCACCUCUCGCGGCACGAUCUCGGCCCUCUCCGGCAAGACCAGCUACGAGACCCUCGAGAACAAGCUGCUGGCCGAGCUGCCGAAGAAGCUGUCUGAGGGCGUCGACUGGGGGGACGUGGCGGGCUCUGGGCUGCUCGAGUACGGCGGCGCUGACGGCGGGGAGGACUUCGAUAGCGGGGGCGUCGAUAGCGGGGAGGACUUCUGGUCGGCCACCAAGUCGGCCAUGGAUGCCCUCCACCCGCCCGGCGUGUACGUCUCGAAGAGCCUGCCCCCUCCCAGGCAUCGACGUCGACAAGACGGCCUACCUCUACGCCAGGUCCUGGUACCCCAAGGACCGGCCCAAGCAGCAGUCGAAGGACCUGCAGCGCAUGAAGAAGCUGGGCAAGGCGACGGAGUACGAGCGCAUCUACAAGGAGGAGCUCCUCAAGGCCAAGUGGCCCGAAACGCUCCUCCUGUGCGCCAAGGGGAUCGACAGCCUGGCUGCCUGCCAUGCCAAGGCUGACGAGAUCCUCGGCACACUGCGCGACCGCCACGUGCAGUCAUCCUUGGUCGACCUGGUGGAGGGGUGGCGGAAGGAGGGCGUGCAGGUGGAGAGACUGGUGGGGAUGGUGAGCGACAAGAUCAUAAGCCUGCUGCAGGCCGCCACAGCCAUCAUCUACACCCACACCAGUGCGAGGGCCGACGAGAGGGGCGAGGAGGUGCGGGCACAGAGGGUCAGCCACCAGCUGCUGGGAGAGCUGCUGCGGGGGUGUGAGGCCGUGCCCUUUAUCCUGCCCCCCUGACCAACCCCCCCUCGCCCCGCACUCUAAGAGCGCCGCACGCCCGUGCGAGGCGGAGACACACAGCCGCUUGCCCGCAAAGAAAGGUAUGGGUAGACCUAAGGCUGCACACGAUGUAUGCAAUUCAGCCAGACACGUACAGAUUCGCAUGUUUCUGUCAUUCCGUGUGUGUGUCAGAUUGCUGCCUACAUUUUAUAUUCCGAGAGUCUCAUAUGCCCAUCUCAACGUGCAGGUGGAGAGCGUGCAGGUGGAGACAGUGGUGAAGAUGGUGAACGAGAGAAAGAUCAGCCUGCUCGCGGCCGCCACAGCCACCAUCUUCGUGCAAACCAGCGUCAGGCCGAAAGAGAGGGGUGAGGGAGGGCGGAUGCCCUUGAUCAGCGACCAGCUGGGGAGCUGCUGCGGGGGUGCGAUGCCGUGCCCUUUAUCCUGCCCCCCUGCCCAACCCCCCCUCGCCCGCACCCAGCAGUCGAGUCUGACGGGGAUGGCCACACUCUCGUCAUCGCCGCCGCCAACACAGCAGCAGCCAUGCCGCAGCAAACAGACAUCAUCUCUGUGCAAGACGAGAUAGGGGUCCCCGAGCAGCAGCCAUCGGAUGGUGAAGAGGGUGAGGACACUCCCAGGGUCAGCGGUGACGCGAUGCCAUGCUCGACGGGGUGGUAUCUCUGAGUGCGUGCCUCUGUGUGUGUCAGAUGGCUGCCUACAUUUUGUAUUCGGAAGCCUCUUUUGUUUGUCGCCACCAUGUCCGCUCGUCUACUGCUGCCUGCAUCUCAUAUGAUUGACAGUAGCAGAUCGGUCGACUGUUAUGGGCUUUCUGCUUGUUUGCGAUGACUUACGUUACGAUCGAGUGCAGAG